AUGACCGGAAGCUGGGAGAGGAGUUCCGGGUCAAAGGUCAGCAGUGAGGGCGACCAGUGCGCAUGUGCCCGGGCCGCGGUGGCCGCUGGGAGGAAGGUGGCCGCCAUGUUGAGUGUCCGGAGCCGGAGGCCGAUGGAGCUGCUGCUCAGGGCCACGCUCGGCCUGAGCCGCCGCCUGACUCUGCCGCCGCGGCUCCUUCUCCGGCCUCCUCCCCGCUGCCGGCCGGCGGGGGCCAGGCCCGAGCUCAGCCCGGCCACGGCCCACGGUCAGCACCGGUGGCUGAGAGCAGGCCGCGCGCGGACGGCGGGGGGCGGCGCGGUGUGGCCGGAGGAGGAGGAGGAGGAGCGCUUCGGGGAGUGCGAGGCCGCGGAGGGGGAGCGGGAGAGCGAGGUUAGGGUUAGCGAGUGCGAGGCUGCGCUCGCCAAGGGGGAGCGCGGGGCCCGGGCUGCCGGGGAGGGGGAGGCCCGGGAGGAGGGUUCCGAGGCCGGGGCGCAGGGUCGCCGCCCCCCGCGGCCCCGCCAGCAGCAGGUACAGAGGCCGCAUGUCAGCCCCGGGCCUCAAUCCCCCCUCUCCCACCUGCCGUCCAGCAGCAAGAGACGAGCCUCCGGGCGGCACCCGAUCUACGGCAGCCCCGACCCCCUGGAGCCGAUCAGCAGCUGUAACUGCUCGGGCUGCGGCGCGGUCCUGCACUGCACCGAGCCCUCCCAGGCCGGGUACCUACCCAGUGAGAAGUACAAGCGCCUGGUGCAGGAGGGCGCCCUGGACAAGUCCGUGUGUCAGCGCUGCUUUCUGCUCGUUCACCAUCACAGGGCUCUGGACGUCAAAGUGUCGGUUGAACAGUACCGAGAGAUCGUGAGCGGCAUCCGCAAGGAGAAGGCGCUUGUCCUGUACAUGAUCGAUUUGCUGGAUCUCCCCGGUACCAUCAUCCCCGAUCUCCUCGAUUUAGUGGGAGAGCAGAAAUCCGUCUUAAUCCUCGCCAAUAAAGUCGACUUGAUCCCAUCCGAUUCUCGGAACUAUCUGAAGCGGAUCCAGCAGCACGUGUUCGAUCUCUGUGUCAGACAUGGGAUUUACGAUGGGCAGAACAUUAAAGAUGUGCAGCUCAUCAGUGCCAAAACUGGGUACGGAAUCGAGCACUUGAUCUCAAAACUGCAGAGUUCUUGGAAGCGCAAAGGAGAUGUCUAUUUGGUGGGAACCACCAAUGUUGGAAAGUCUACACUAUUCAAUACCUUGUUGAAGUCAGAUUACUGUAAAUCCAAAACUCCAGAUGUCAUUCAGAGAGCAACGAUUUCACGAUGGCCAGGAACCACUUUAAAUCUCCUUAAAUUUCCAAUUAUAAAUCCAACGCCAUCCAGAAUGGAAAAAAGAGCAAAGAGACUGAAAGCUGAUAAGUCACAGACCGAAUUUGACCUUGAUGAAGAGGAAUUGAAGCAGCUUCAUCGACUUAAGAAACAUGGCUACUUAAUUGGUAGAAUUGGUAAAACCUUUCAUAAUUCACAAGUAAUUCAGCAGAGAAACAAAGUUUCUGAACAAAUGGAAUGGGAUCCAGACCAACUCGCCAUAAGUAUGGAAGAUGAUCAUCCGCAAAAUCGCUUAAACAUCCAAGAGAAUUUGGCAUUUACGUACAAUGAACUGAAGGAUGCUCGCUGGUUUUAUGACACUCCUGGCAUUGUCAAGGAGGACUGUGUCUUAAAUCUUCUUACAGAACACGAGCUGAAAGUUGUGAUGCCUUCUUCUGGUAUUGUCCCACGUACGUUUGUACUUCAGCCAGGAAUGGUGCUACUACUGGGUGCCCUGGGCCGCAUAGACUUUCUGAAGGGUGAAAAGUCAGCCUGGUUUUCUGUACUUGCCUCCAACCAGCUUCCAGUUCACAUAACCAGCUUGGAGAAAGCAGAUUCAAUCUACCAGAAGCAUGCUGGCAAAGCAUUCCUUGGGGUUCCUAUUGGUGGUGAGGAGAGAAUGAAAGAUUUCCCAUCACUGGUUCCUCAGAAUAUUGAGUUGGAGGGAAUUGGCCUGCUGGAGGCUGCAGCUGACAUUAAGCUCUCUUCCGCAGGUUGGAUUGCAGUGACAGCUCAUUCUGAAGACAAAAUUGAGCUUCGGGCCUAUACACCAGCAGCAAUUGGCUUAUUGGUUCAGAAGCCACCUCUAUUGCCAUUUAUUGUGCAAGUCAAGGGUGAACGGAUAAGGAAAACCCCAGCCUAUAAACUUAAAAAGCCGAUUGUACAAAGCCUGAGUUUAAAAUGAUGUGAAAUGGAGAAUAGAAUUAAAAAGUCGCAAA